CUUAAGUUCAAGUUUAUAGAAUGUAAGGAGCCGAAGAUAGUAAGAGCUAAUCAACAGAAACAAGAGGCAAGCCGAUAUACGGCCCACUUAAGCCGGCGCCACAUCGGUAAAAGACCCCACCAAAGCUGGAGAGCACCACUCAAGGAAUCGAGUCAUUGUUCUCCCCCGCCAUUUACAACAACAAAGCACAUUUUUACUGCUUCGCUGCUCCUUUAACACCAAAUUCUUCACUGCUAGAGAGAGCUUGAUCAGACUUACAUUAUGUCAACUUACCACAUCACAAACCCUAAUGUGGGUAACAAGGAGGAUACUGAGGAUUGGCGCAUUCGAGGAUAUAACCCUCUCACACCUCCUGAUCUCCUCCAACACGAAAUUCCCCAAACACCCAAAUCAAAAGAGACUGUGGUUACAGGACGAAACGAAGCAGUUGAGGUAGUCACAGGCAAAGAUACCAAUAGACGUCUACUAGUCAUCAUCGGCCCCUGUUCGAUCCACGACCCAGCCGCUGCUCUCGAAUACUGUGAUCGAUUGGUGGCCCUCAAGCAGAAAUACAAAGAUGAUCUCCUGAUUGUUAUGCGCUCCUACCUUGAGAAGCCUCGUACAACUGUUGGCUGGAAGGGGUUGAUUAACGACCCUGAUAUCGACAACAGCUUCAAGAUCAAUAAGGGCUUGAGGACUAGCAGACAAUUGUUUGUGGAUUUGACAUCGAAGGGCAUGCCGCUUGCAAGUGAGAUGCUAGAUACUAUUUCGCCACAAUUCCUCGCUGAUUUGUUGAGCGUUGGCGCUGUUGGUGCAAGGACUACGGAGUCACAAUUACACCGCGAGUUGGCAAGUGGUCUGAGUUUCCCAGUGGGCUUCAAGAACGGGACAGAUGGUACACUUAGUGUUGCUAUUGAUGCAAUUGGAGCUGUUAAACACCCACAUCACUUCUUGUCAGUUACAAAACCCGGUGUCGUGGCUAUUGUUGGCACAGUAGGAAAUGAGGACUGCUUUGUUAUUCUCAGAGGCGGUACUAAGGGCACGAACUAUGAUGCGGAGAGUAUCAAAGAGGCAAAAGCGGCGCUGAAGAAGGCCGGUGUUCGCGAGAGACUGAUGGUCGACUGCAGUCACGGCAACUCGUUAAAGAAUCACAAGAACCAGCCAAAGGUUGCAGCAGUAAUUGCUGAGCAGAUUGCAAAUGGAGAGGAUGGGAUUAUGGGUGUGAUGAUUGAAAGCAAUAUCCACGAGGGCGCACAAAAGGUGCCUAAGGAGGGCAAAGCUGGUCUCAAGUAUGGUGUUAGUAUCACAGAUGCUUGCAUUGGAUGGGAAGACACAGAGUCAGUACUUGAGAUAUUAGCAAAAGCUGUUGCUCAGAGACGCGAGGCAGCUAAGGGAUCAAACGGGCAUGCUUGAUCUUACUGCAUUCAGUAGAUACCCUUGGGUUUUCGUAGCAAUCUCUCCAAUACUGUCACGACAAAGGCUCAGUUAAGAUUGGUAAUACUUUGUAUUCUGAAGAAGACGAACGUCGAUAAAAAGAGGUUCGCAGGAGAGCCACUGCUCAGUCGGCUCGCCAAGGCUCGCUCGAGUUUUGACGAGCGAGCCUUUGAGCGUUAGAAGGAUAUUAUUCCGAAUCAUCGUAGUGCCAGAACAAUAACAAAUCU